AUGUCUGCCGUCAUUCUGUUUCGCGAUCAGGCCAAAGAAGGUGAUGACUACAGUCGACUGGUUUCGCAGGACCACUCGUAUGUGGCCAGCGUACCAGCAAUCGGACACCAGAUGACCCUGACCGCGGCUGAUGUAGACAGGGUGCUCGCGAUGCACGAGUCGGCCCAUCCAUUCGACGCACUGAUAUUGACGAGCAAAAACGCAGUCGCCGCAUUGAGCCAGGCGGUAUGCGCAUGGCACAGUCAAGGUGAUCUCCAGAGUCGGAGAGCCCAGUGGCAAGAGUUUAUGCGUAGGCCUGUGUUUGUAGUUGGCCGCGCCACUGCAGCAGCAUGCAGACAGGCAUUGGGCGGAUCGGCCGAGCUGGAUAUCCGCGGCGAGGACUCAGGCAAGGCGACGGUGCUGCUGCCAGAAAUUCUUGCAUAUUGCAGCCAGUUCGAGAACAGGCGGUGCCGCCUAUUGUUUUUCUGCGGCGAUCUGCGCAGAGACACCCUGCCAGACAGGCUACGGAGCAGCGGACUUGCCGACCUAGAAGAGGUAGUGGCAUACACGACUGUGGGUCUCAGUGCUGGCGACAUACAGUAUGAUCUGGCGGAGCGAAUCGGCUCGGCCGUACAAGCAUGCGCAGGACAGCAGCAGCAGCAUUCACAAGCCGGCUCGUCAGUUACUCUUUGGCUUGUGUUCUUUAGCCCCUCGGGCGUACGAGCAGUCUGGCCAGUGCUACAGAAUCUGCCAGAAAUGCUCUGCCAUUCUCUGCAUGAUAGCCAGAGAGAGCCCAGACCUGCCAAGACCCCCCUUUUGCGCCAGAGUGUCUCAUAUAGAAUGGCAGCGAUAGGUGACACAACUCUGGCUGCGCUUAUCUCACAUGGUGCAAAUCGGUGUGAGGUCACGGUUGCAUUGACACCAACUGCCGAGGGCGUGCGCAAAGCCUUGUGCGAGGGCACGCAUUAA